AUGUCCUUCGUCGAAAUUACUACUCCAAACGGCCAUCGCUACCAACAGCCUACCGGCCUCUUCAUCAACAAUGAAUUCGUCCCGUCUUCGGGAGGAACGAUUGUCUCGCUUGAUCCAGCAACCGACACACCAAUUGCAACCGUCCAAGCCGCCAGCGCCGAUGACAUCGACCGAGCCGUCAAAGCCGCACGCACAGCUCUAGGCCAUCCAUCAUGGAAGCUGCUCCCCGCGACAGAUCGGGGCCGGUUAAUGGCAAAACUGGCCGAUUUGAUUGAGGAGAAGAAGGAGCUUUUUGCCUCGAUUGAUGCAUGGGAUAAUGGAAAACCAUACCACGUUGCAUUGAGCGAUGACCUCACUGAAGCCAUCACAACAAUUCGCUACUACAGCGGCUGGGCGGAUAAGACUUUCGGGCAGACUAUCAACACCACUCCGGAAAAGCUCGCAUAUACCCUGCGCCAGCCAAUUGGUGUUGUGGGCCAGAUUAUCCCAUGGAACUAUCCCUUGUCCAUGGCGACGUGGAAGCUUGGUCCUGCUUUAGCUUGUGGCAACACAGUUGUGAUUAAAGCUGCUGAACAGACGCCGCUGAGCAUCUUGGUUCUGGGUACUCUUAUUAAAGAGGCAGGCUUCCCGCCGGGCGUGGUCAAUAUCAUCAACGGCUAUGGCAAGGAAGCCGGUUCGGCGCUCGUGCAGCAUCCCGACGUCGACAAAGUUGCUUUCACAGGAUCUACCGGAACCGCACAACAGAUUAUGAAAAUGGCCGCCGGGACGCUGAAAAACAUCACCCUCGAGACAGGCGGAAAGUCACCCCUGCUCAUCUUCCCUGAUGCAGACCUAGACCAAGCGGUUAAAUGGUCGCAUAUGGGCAUCAUGUCGAACCAGGGCCAGAUCUGCACAGCGACAUCGCGGCUCUUCGUCCACCGUGAUAUCUUCGAUAACUUCCUGACACAAUUCCAAGAGCAGAUUCGAUCGACCUCCAAGAUCGGCGAUCAGUGGGAUGAAUCAACCUACCAGGGACCCCAGGUUACUCGCGCGCAGUACGAGCGCAUCCUCUCGUACAUCGAAUGCGCACGCUCCGAUGGCGCAACAAUUUUUUCCGGCGGAAGCGCGCACAAACUCGACAACCCCAAGUAUGCAAACGGCUACUUCGUGCAACCAACAGUUAUCACAAACACCACCGAUGACAUGGCCAUUUAUCGCGAAGAAGUGUUCGGACCGGUGGUUGUUGUCGUGCCCUUCUCGGACGAAGAGGAAGCUAUCCGUCGUGCAAAUGAUACGAGCUAUGGGCUUGGAGCGGCGGUAUUUACGAGAGAUCUUGAGCGUGCGCAUAGGGUGGCGGGUGCUAUUGAAGCGGGCAUGGUGUGGGUGAAUAGUAGUCAGGACUGUGAUCCGAGGAUACCGUUUGGGGGUGUUAAGCAAAGUGGAAUUGGAAGGGAGUUGGGAGAGGCGGGGUUGGAGGCUUAUUCGCAGGUGAAGGCUGUUCAUGUCAAUAUGGGAAGUCGUCUGUAG